AUGUCUCUAGAUAUCAGCAAGGACAACUUGGCCAGUUUUCGUGCUGUCAAGACUUUCAAACCGGGUGACAACGACCUGGCGCCUGUAACGUCAUUGAAUUUCGACGAUCAUGGUCGGUACCUUUUGACAGCAUCUGCCAACGACAACAUGCAUCUUUACGACGCAAUGAACUGCAGGUUCCUGAACACGGUAGCGUCGAAGAAAUAUGGUUGCCACUCUGCAAAAUUUACCCAUUCUCAAAACGAAUGUGUCUACUCAUCCACCAUGAAGAGCUUUGAUAUCAGACAUUUGAACUUGGAAACAAAUCAGUACCUGCGGUAUUUUACGGGACACGGAGCACUUGUGAGCGAUCUGCAAAUGAGCCCGCUCAACGAUACGUUUCUUUCUGCUUCGUACGACGAAUCGGUACGGCUGUGGGACUUACGUACAUCCAAAGCGCAGGCUAUCGUACCGAGCCUGGUACCAAACUGCAUUGCUUACGACCCCAGCGGACUGGUUUUCGCGUUAGGGAACCCAGAAAACUAUGAAAUUGGUCUGUAUAACCUUAGAGAACUUAAAAAUGGCCCUUUUCUCGUUAUCAAAGUUAAUCCAAAAUUUCAUCAGUGGAACAAGCUCGAAUUCUCCAACGACGGCAAAUAUAUUCUUCUGGCAUCGUCUGCUGGCAAACAAAUUAUCCUGGACGCGUUCGAUGGCUCGCAACUCUUCGAAUUAUCCGGAACAAGACCUUUUCCUCUGCGAGAAUUCAUGGACGCAGGUUCCGCAUGCUUCACGCCGGAUGGCUCUUUUACAUUAAGCACCGACUACGCAGGUAAAAUCGCAAUUUACAACCAUUCCGAAUCCGUCAGCGGCAAAACUCUUAAACCGUGCGCAUCUAUCACCGCAGCUCCCGAUUCUUGCCCCAGGACCAUUGCAUUCAAUCCAAAAUACAGCAUGUUCGUCACUGCCGAUGAAAGUGUUGAUCUAUAUGUUUUUGAUAAACCGAUAUAG